AUGGAAUCAAGAUCGCCGAAUAUUGUGGCCGGAGAAGCGUCAGAAACGGAUGACGACGAGCUUGAGGGAAUACCGGUAGCGCAAGGAUUUCCCCAUUUAUCACCACUGCAUGUAGCAGCUACCGGCAGUGGCGACUCAGCCCCGCCAUACACGUUCGCUCGGGAAGCGGUUGAAUCAUCGUCGUCGUCGGCUGCUGUGUCGGACGAAGAGCUGCAACGGUUGCAAGCGCGCCGUGCUAUGAACGAACGGUGCGUAGCGCUGCUGAACGAGUUUGUCCACAACACCGUGGCGUCCGUGUCGAAGCAACUGAACGAAGCGGAUAGUUUUUUAAUGAAAUCACAGAUGGUGCUCCAGAACGUCACAACGGCGGUGAGAAAAACCAAUGAAAACACGCACCAAAUGCAGGCCAAGUUGCAGCACAUCGUGACGUCCAACUUUGUGCCCAAUAUUAACAUUUGA